AUGCGCGGUUCUCCAUCGCCUUCCGGGCUGCUUCGCAGCCAGCAACCGGCCUCGCCCUUCACAGACGCCCAGUUCGCCAUCAUCGAGACUCUGAGAAGCCAGCCGAUGCCGGACACACCGACCCCACUCUCGCGGCACUCCAUGACCCCCUUUGCCAGGCCCCUGAAGCCCAUCGCCUUGCCGAAAAACACAUCGCUUGCCCAGCGUUCGUUCUCCGAGAAGACCGCUGGCCCGCAGCCUUCCUUGAAGCGCCCCGUGGCAGCGGCGUCGAAGGAGGACGCCUACCGCCCCGUCACAAGCAUCCCCUGCCAGGACCCCGGAUCCAGAUACAGACCCGGCCGCAUCAUACGCAGCUGCGAGGAGCGGUCCCUCCCGGAUCGCCGCCUGGAUUUGGUCCAGGCCGGCUCUGCAGACAAAAUGAUCGCCGGGCCCAUCCUCAGCAACCCGCCGGGCGGCGCCAAGACAGCGACGAUGGAGGAUCUGGCCCGCGAGGCCGUCUUGGGUCCACUAUUCAGGGUAACGAAGACGCCUCUGAGUCCCGGAGACAUGCAGCUGCCAAACAUGCUACGAGAGAAGCGAUCGACUGGCCAAGCCCACGAGGCCUACCAUGUCGGCUUUAGCCCUGGCACUGAGGAGCGCUUGGACGAUGGUCUAGUGUCUCGCGUGAAUACGGAGUCGCCAAAUAACAAAGGCACUACCCCGCGCCAAUGGGCGACGCAGGAGACACCUGGCAAGGUGCCGCUUGAGAAAGAAGCCGAUCUGAGGACGCAGAUGGAUUACUAUCUCUACUUCAACGCUCCCACGGUAGGCACACCUCACCCCUUAGCAAUUGCCAUCAUAUGCAGAGACGAGCUCUGA